UCACCCGGGCACACUGCACCGAAAGUUCUAAUAUUGGUUGGACUAGCACACAAUGGUUCUCUAGUUUUAACGUCCUCAUCUUUUUUAUUUGUUUUAAUUUUUCAAAUUUCUGGGAAAGCGGUCGUACUUGAAUUCUAAAUUCUCCACUCCUAUGAUCUCAGAUCAUCAUCUUAAUCAAAACCCCCAAUCUUUAGCAAAGGAAGCCCUAAUUCGUCACUGAUGCCUUGGAUGAUCUCACCAUUACCAUCCUUAUCCGUGCACGGGACUUUCGAUUGGGUCAAGCACAGUUCGCUGAACAGCUACUCGCCACCUACAUGGGCUACUUUGAUCGGAGGAUUCUUCACGCUUCUCUCUCUCGGCCUCUCUGUUUACCUUCUGCUCGAACACCUCUCAGCUUACAAGAAUCCUGAGGAGCAAAAGUUUUUGAUUGGAGUGAUAUUGAUGGUGCCAUUCUAUGCUAUUGAAUCUUUUCUAUCUUUGGUGAAUCCAGCAAUCAGUGUGUAUUUGGAGAUAUUACGAGAUGGAUAUGAGUCCUUUGCUAUGUACUGCUUUGGAAGAUAUCUGGUUGCCUGUUUAGGUGGGGAAGAGAGAACACUAGAGUUUAUGGAGAGGGAAGGACAAAUAGGCUCAAAGGUACCCCUACUGGAGGAGGGCGGUGGCCAUGAGAGGGGAAUUAUAAAGCAUCCGUUCCCAACCAAUCUUAUUCUUAAGCCCUGGAAGCUGGAUCGAUGGGUUUAUGAAGUUAUCAAGUUUGGGAUUGUUCAAUAUAUGAUAAUAAAAGCAUUUACUGCUAUUCUAGCAGUAAUUCUGGAAGCUUUUCAUGUGUACUGCGAGGGAGAAUUCAAGUGGAACUGUGGGUACCCUUACUUGGCGGUGGUUUUAAAUUUCAGUCAGUCAUGGGCAUUGUAUUGCUUAAUUCAAUUCUAUACCAUUACAAAAUAUGAGUUAUACCAUAUCAAUCCGCUGUACAAGUUUUUGACAUUUAAGUCAAUUGUGUUUUUGACUUGGUGGCAAGGGUUGGCCAUUGCCCUUUUAUGCAGCCUGGGCAUUUUUAAAAGCCCAAUUGCUCAAGCUUUACAGUUGCAGUCAAGCAUUCAGGAUUUUAUUAUUUGUAUCGAGAUGGGCAUUGCUUCAAUGGUCCACCUCUAUGUUUUUCCUGCAAAUCCAUAUGAGCUGAUGGGAGAGCGUUUUCCUGGGGGUGUUUCAGUACUUGGGGACUACCUAUCUGCUGACUGCCCCAUAGACCCUGAAGAGGUUAGGGACAGUGAGCGACCAACUAAAAUGCGUCUUCCGCUCCAUUCUGAUGUUAAAGAUUCAAGCAAAACGACCAUUAGAGAGAGUGUUCGUGAUGUCGUUAUGGGUGCUGGUGAAUAUAUUGUGAAUGAUGUGAAGUUCACGGUGACCCAUGCAGUGGAGCCAAUGGAGAAAGGAUUCACAAGAUUCAAUGAGAAGUUGCAAAAGAUCUCUGAAAAUAUGAAACAUGACAAACGGGGGAGGAGAGCAAAGGAUGACAGUUGUGUGGCCACAACAACUCCAACAUCUCAAACCCCAAGGGUUAUACGUGGGAUAGAUGAUCCUCUUUUAAAUGGAAGUGUCAGCGACAGUGGGAGAACCACGACCUCUAAGAAAAAGAAACAACGUCGGAAUUCUGGGUACACAAGCGAAAGUGGUGGGGAGAGUAGCAAUGAUUAUACUUAUGGUGGUUUCCAAAUACGUGGCCACAGGUGGGUUACAAAAGACUAGUUUGGGAUACUCUACUCCGGAUGAUCAAGAAAAAUAAUACGCGGGUAUGAGUAGUAACCCCAAGAUGUCAGCAUCUAUUUGAAUGGGCUAGUGUGUGGGCUUCAAUCUGUCUGACAAAUAUGACGUCUCGAGGUAAUCUUCAUAGAUGAUUAAAGUGUUUGUGUUUGAAAACUAGAUCUGUGUAUAAUUCUUGUAACACAAAACAUGGCGUCAUUGUAUUUGUAUCAUAAUAAAAGGCAUCAAAUAAAAAUACCAAAAAAAGACUUUAUUAUGGAAUCCUAGUAGUCCUAGUAGUUUCUGCGCAAUUGUCUCUCACUGUCCCU